UGUCAGAGCGCAAGGCGCACAGCGAGGAUCGCAUCGGGUAAUUCAGUGACACUGAGACUUAUUGAAUAUAUGGUGAAUAUCUCCGUGGACUUUCUGUUCAACAGUCACUGUUCGGGUCAUUAGAGCAAGGCGCUAUACGAGGGAAACAUGUGCAACACAGAGGAGAGUUGUGCGGUGCUGGGCUCAAGGCAGCAGGCUCCAGGGCCUCUGUGGUGCUCCGAUGCCCCUCUCCCACUAGCGAAGAUCCCGGGUGGGCGAGGGACAGGCAGGGAUCUCCCUCACAGCGUACUGCACAAGGACGAAAGGUUGACGGUGACCCAGGUAGGGUCGGUCAGUGGAGCGCCUCCUGUCCUGCACUUCCAGUACCAGCUGAGCGAGCGACGAUUCUCCUUCUGGGAUACAGUUCUUUCAGACGACGCGCUUUACUUGGAAAUCCCCAAUGGAGCUCUACAUAAUGGCAGCCGAGAAGGUUUUACCAGAGUGCUGGAGUUUGCAGAGGAGCAGCUGAAAGUCAGCUAUGUGUUCCUCUGGUUCUACAAAAACAGAGACGAUCGAUUGUCCAUCAUGAAGACCUUCCACUACAUGGGUUUUGAAGUCGUCAAACCGGGUCACCCGCUGGUGCCAGCCCGGCCCGAUCUUCUCUUUAUGGUCUAUUCCAUGGACAGCAGUAGUUCUGAUGAAGAGUGACCAUCAUCACCCACUCAAAAUACCCCCCACGCCUCCUCCUCACCUGCUCUGUGACCUGCCCCCCCUCUCAAUACCUUUGCAUCAAAGUGAACUUAAGCCAGGGGCUAAGACACGAGGGAGGGUCAUAGCUGGGCCGACUAACACGCUGAAUGGUUCAGUUUCUGUUAUUAUCCCACCGAUCAGUUCUGAUUAGUCGUUAGUCAGCAAGAGGUGGGUUGGUGCUAAAGUAGAAAUCUAGCAUAUCCUUUCGGUUAAUUCACAUCAUAUAUCCAACUGUCUAUACUCUCGUAUAUUCUAUGUAUGACACUCAGAACACAAUAUAGAUUGCAGAAAUGUUUAUAGGAGUAUUAUUACAGAAGGGGGUGUAUUUUUAAUUGAUUGUGAACGGUUUUCCUGUUAAGGUUUUGCUUUCGGGUGGUGGUGGUGGUGGUGAAACAUGAAUUUAUAAUUUUAUUCCAGUUUGACUUGAUUCCAGUCUUUACUGGUUUUGCUUUUUUUUUUAA